UACCGGGGUCCUCCGGUCGCCUACAUUCAGCAGGUGUUGGUCAAGGCGGCGGUGUCUCCGUGGGACAGCAGUCUGGUGCCGGUGGAUGCGUUUCGGUCACCGCUUAGUCGAGCCUUCAGCCUGCUGGAGGAGAUCCGCAACCAUGUCCACUCUGACAGUUCUGGUGUCCGCAGUCUGGAGACGUUGUGUCUUCAGGUGACGGACCUGUUCCCGGGGUUGAGGCGGAUGCAGUCGGUGCUCCCGGAGCACGGCUGCCUGCUGGUGUCUCCGGGGAACUACUGGCAGAACCAGCGGGAGCUGUUUGACUCGGACCCGGACCUGCUGAAGACCAUCCAGAAACACGAACCCAAAGGCCUGCACACGUCUGCCACGCUCCGAGACCUGUUGUUUGGCGUGCCGGGGAGGUUCACAGGUGUGAGUCACUACAACAGGAGGCGUGUGGUGACGUACACCAUCACUGUGGUCCUGUCCUCCUAUGAUUCCAGCUUCCUGUCCAGCCUGCGGGCUCGUCUGAAGCAGCUGCACCCGUCGGCCAACUGCAGCCUGAGGGACGACCACAUGGUCCACGUCCACUUCAAAGAGGAGAUCGGCGUGGCGGAGCUCAUCCCGCUCGUCACCACCUACAUCAUCCUGUUUGCCUACAUCUACUUCUCCACACGUGCGUACGAGCCGCCGCCACCGGCAGCGUCCUUCACGCUCUUCACACACAAAAAUCUCCA